AUGUUUAAAUUCGUUGUUAUCUCAUCAAUCAUUCUCUCGGUUGUCCUUGUCGUUCAAUGCUUACCAAAUGAUCUCUCAAUUAAGAUCAGAUGUUUAAAAACGCAAUCAGCAUGUAAAGUAUCAAAGGAGUGCUGCAGUGGCUUAUGUUGUGAUGAAAAGUGUACUGAAAGGCCAUGUCGACAAGCAAAUGAAAUAUGCAAUAAUUCGACCGAUAUUUGCUGUUCGGGGCAAAUUUGUCGUGGUGCUGCAGCAGCUCUAUCCGUUCUAGGCGGCAACUUUGGUUCGUUGGUUGGAGUAGCGAUCAGUGCUUCUCUUCUUCCGCCGGCUGUCAACACGGGCUUAUUAUUUAGUUACAGUCUUCUAUCUUUUUCCCGAUCAAACAUCGGUCGUCAUCUUUCAAAACCAUCGAAUGCAACAACAUUUAAUUCUCUUCGUAGCUUUGUCAAUUGCACAGAAUUCGUCGACAAUAAAUAUGUACCUCUCUAUUCGUGUGACAUGCCACAAGAAGCAGCACAGUUGGCUGUAUACUCGUUUAUUAUUACCUUAAUCAAUAUUGUCAGUAUUUGUGUAAUGGCGGUAUGCAUUCUACUUAUAAAGAAGGUGACACCGAUAGUUCCAGACGAUGAAAUAACUCAAUUUUGGCACUCGGCAGAAUCGAAGAAAAUACGUACUCUCGCGAACAAUGAAGCCCAGAGUGUAAUGAAUAAAGAAAAUGGUCAAGAUCUAAUUGAAGCUUGGAAAAUUAUUCGUGGUGCUCAUCAAGAUCCAUAG